AUGGUCCGUGGCGAAGAGGACAUGGAAGCUCGAGCCACUACGACCGAGAAGUGGACUAAUUUUUCGCUAAAAAUAGCUCUUCGCUCCUCGUCGGACGCAAGUCUCCCAUCUCUCAAAAGUCUCCCAUCGCUCGUGAGCGACCAUGGUAGUUAUGACUCUCCAGAUAGCUCAGGUACUGAAAAGAAAAAGAAGGCAGCAGAGAAGGAGGCAGCAAAGAAGGAGGCAGAAAGGACAAAGAGAACAGUACAGAGAUUCAAGGCAAAAGUAGAACAGAAGAAGGCAAAAAGUAAUUCUGGUAAUGGCGGCAGUGGAAGUGGAAGUGGAAGUGGAAGUGGAAGUGGUAGUGGUAGUGGAAGUGGAAGUGGAAGUGGUAGUGGUAGUGGUAGUGGUAGUGGUAGUGGUAGUGGUAGUGGUCGUGGUAGUGGUACUGGUAGUGGUAGUGGUAGUAAAGCACCCGCCAAGAGAUAA